AAUUUCAGCGCACAAUAUAGGGGACAACGCGUGUGUGUGGAAUGAUACGGGCGUGUUUCAUGUUGGAUUUAUAAAAGCGGUUGUCCGACAUAAAGUAAUUUUCAGUUGUAGCCAAUAUUAUUUGGCUUUUAUGUUAGUGAUUGAACGCUGUGUCACUGUCACAAUACCGACGGUUCCAGCUGGGACAUCAAUCUUGUGCUCGAGGGCUCUCCAAAACAUAUAGGUCCAGGCGUACUGCUUAUUCCGGUGAUUGUUUCGAUCCAGUGCUCCCCCAGGCUGGCCCAGACCCACACCACGUUGAUGCUGGUGGGCUCUCACCUCCUCUUCGUCCUGCGCUCCCCCAUCCCUCCAUCUAGUGAUGGCGAUGAGUACCGACCCGGGAUGCAGAAGGGACGACCUCAGCCCUGACCCCGACCCAAUGACCCCUGACCGCAGUGACCUCACCGCCAUGAUGGCCACCGUGACUGUGACGACCUCCGAGACGGGCGGCUCACCGGCCAAUGGCGUGAGGAUUGGGGCUCAGCAAGGAGGAGCUAAGAAAGGCCCUGCUCAGCGGCCACACCUCUCAGGGAGGAAGCUGUCGCUACAGGAGCGGGGCACGUACCCAUCUGGGAGGUCAGGGGGGGCUCACGUCUCCCCCCGUGUGGUACGCAGACCCACCGUGGAGUCCAAACGCGUCUCCAUCUCAGACGCUGAGAACUGUAUCCAGCUGAACCAGUACAAGCUGAAGAGUGAGAUCGGAAAGGGCUCCUACGGGGUGGUCAAACUGGCCUACAAUGAGGAUGACGACAAACACUAUGCCAUGAAGGUGGUGUCCAAGAAGAAGCUGAUGAAGCAGUAUGGAUUCCCACGUCGCCCCCCUCCUAGAGGACCCAAGGUGGUGGUCCAAGGAGAGCUGCCCAAAGUCCUAGGCCCCCUGGAGAGGGUCUACCAGGAGAUUGCCAUACUCAGGAAGCUGGACCAUCUCAAUAUAGUCAAACUGGUGGAGGUGUUGGAUGAUCCUGCAGAGGACAACCUCCACAUGGUGUUUGAUUUGAUGCCAAAGGGUCCAGUGAUGGAGGUCCCCACAGACAGCCCCUUCACUGAGGAUCAAACACGCCUCUACUUCAGAGACAUUGUCCUGGGCAUUGAGUACUUGCACUACCAGAAGAUUGUCCACCGGGACAUCAAGCCUGCUAACGUGCUGCUGGGGGAUGACGGCCAUGUGAAGAUUGCUGACUUUGGGGUCAGUAACCAGUUUGAGGGCAACGAUGCCCUGCUCUCCUCUACGGCUGGGACUCCUGCUUUCAUGGCCCCAGAGACCCUGUCAGAUAUCCACCAGAGCUUCAGUGGAAAGGCAUUGGAUGUAUGGGCCAUGGGAGUGACUGUCUACUGCUUUGUGUUUGGGAAGUGUCCGUUCAUUGAUGAAUACAUCCUGGUUCUACACAAUAAGAUCAGGACUAAAUGUGUGGAGUUCCCAGAGUCGCCAGAGAUCAGUGAGGAGUUGAAGGCUCUUAUCCUGAAAAUGUUGGACAAAAACCCUGACACCAGGAUCACCAUACCUGAGAUCAAGUUGGACCCGUGGGUGACCCAGGAUGGUUGUGAUCCUCUGCCUCUAGAGGAGGACCACUGCAGUGUGGUGGAGGUCACUGAAGAGGAGGUGCAGAACUCUGUCAAGUUUGUCCCCAGCCUGUCCACCGUGAUCCUGGUGAAGGCCAUGCUGCGCAAGAGAUCCUUCAGUAACCCCUAUGAGUGUCCCAGGAGUAGAGCGGAGAGGUCCAUGUCUGCACCUAGCAACCUGCUCAUGGAUGCGUGGCCGUUCCGCCACUCUUUAAAACUCCACCCCUCUCUAAGAAAGGGCAGCAGUGGAGAGGGAAGUAGGGAGGGAGAGCUCGAAGACCUACAUGAAGAUGAACCCUUCUCCUGAAUCCCGUUCCUCCUCCUCUCCUCCAGUCAGCUCAGCUCAGCCCAGUUCUACACAGCCCUCUUAACCGCAAUCUUACGCUCCUACCUUCAGUGCUUCUGGACUGAAACAGUGUUUUUACUUGUGAGAAGUGGUUCAACUCAAGCAUGGCUUCCCCUUUAAAAAUUAUAUGCCGUUCCCCUUUAAAGCCCAAUCUGUACAUUGCCUCUCUCCCUUUAAAUCUAUGAUGCACUCCGCUCUUCUAAUCCUGUCCUUCCCUCCAUCCCUCCCUGAUCUCUCCCCACUCCAUCAUUGCGCGUAAUCACCCAAAGAAGCACAUAGAACCCAGACAACACUGUACCACUUGCCAGGCGUACUCAAGACUACUGGAAAUUCCUGCUGUAUGUCCGUCUGCUGUCAUUAUGUUGCUGAGGAGAAGAGGAAUUUUUGUCUGUCUGUUUCGAUGUCACUUUACCUAGACAAUGCAUGGUGAACGUUAUCGCCGUUCAGAGACUCUCUAGGCACCAUUCACAGUGGACAAUAUUGGUGCCCUAAGAGCCAGCAUGACCAAGAGACUGGAGCAUGCAACUGACAUUAUUACGCCCCCUACCGUUUGAAACAAGACAUACACACAGGGCUUUUUUUCAGUAGUUUGAAGGGGCAAUCUGCAGACGCUUCAUACAUUUUUGGACUUAUAAAUGUAUUAAUUAUAUAUACAUAUGAUUCUUGAUGAAUAUAACUUAUAAAUGCCUCAUAAGCUUAGUUUAACUGUCAUACCCCAUCAGAACCAAAAGCUUGUUUUACUCCAAUGUCUGUAAAAACACACUGUAUAGCCUCAAAAUAUGCUUGAUACUAUCAUUUGUAUAUAUUGAAGGGUCAGUCCUUGCAUCCAUAGCUCUGUCUAUUAAUAUCAGAGUGUUUACAUUUUUCCAGGCCCAUCCUUCAGCUUUUUACCAAAACAGAGGGGAACCUAUUUGUUAUUGUUUCAUCUGCGGAUUGCCCCAUUAAUGCUGCAGCGUUGUACAUAGAUCAUACAUGUGUGUGUCAGUGUAAUGUCAUUGUUGUCUAUCUCACCCGUACAUGCUAAGCUGUCAACAUAACCCUUAAGUAAUAAUAAUAUAUUUUAUUUUAAGCGCUUUACAAGACACCCAAAUUCACUUUACGUAUACAAUCUAAUCUGCACGAUUAAAAGCAAUAAAAUCAUACAUUAAAAUGAGUAAGUAUAUAAAACUCCACCGAACACAAGGACAGACUAACCAGGGGAAAAAACUAAACAGGAUGACACUAACUAGGGAAGUGAGGGAUCUCUAAGACAACAGAUAAUGUGAAGAGGUGUGUCUUUUGUGUGGUCUUGAAUAUGUGUAUGGAUUGUGAGGUUUUGACAUGGAGAGGGAGGGAGUUCCAGAGUUGGGAGGGCUGCAAUGUGAGAGAUGGUUAGGAGGCCAAUGUCAGAAAAGCGCAGUGAAGUGCAGGAGGUCAGUAAAGGUAUGUGAGCAUUUUGAAGAUGAUCCUGUAUUGAACUGGGAGCCAGUGGAGUUUCAGGGUGGGGGUGAUGUGGUCCCAAGGUUUGGUGUCUGUGUGGACUGGUCUCUUCCUCUCUGUUGCUCUAAUUGUCUCCCCUUCAUUCUCUAAUGUUUUUAGUAGGGUACAGAAUUAGAGAAGGGCUGUUUCUCUGAAUCUCAGGCAGUAGGAUGAAGCAAGCCUGUUUCUCUCCCCUGUCUCCUAGACUCUGACAAGAAGCAGCAACCUAUCCUUCUUAAAACACAUUUGAAGCCCACAAUUGUGAAAGGGGGAACACUAAUCAUAUUUAUGCAGCCAAUUUAAUCACCCUCCCAGAACCAAGUAAAUGUUUUAUUUCAAUUUAGGAAAAACUUUAUUGGAAAUUGGCCCAUUCAUUGAUAGGGAUGCAUGUGAGAUUGUACAGCAGUAAACUGGGUUAUUUGUCCUUUAUACAUUCUUCUCGAUUUCAAAAUGGAAGUGAAAGCAGGUAAUGGUGUUUGUAUGUACUGUUUCUUGAUUAGUAAAAGGUUAAUUUAUGAAAUAAAUGUGUGGUGAAGGCUGCACAAAUGUAAUAAUUGUGUUAUUCUCAUAACAUCCAAGCAUGGUGAAGGCUGCACAAAUGUAAUAAUUGUGUUAUUCUCAUAACAUCCAAGCAUGGUGAAGGCUGCACAAAUGUAAUAAUUGUGUUAUUCUCACAACAUCCAAGCAUGGUGAAGGCUGCACAAAUGUAAUAAUUGUGUUAUUCUCACAACAUCCAAGCAUGGUGAAGGCUGCACAAAUGUAAUAAUUGUGUUAUUCUCACAACAUCCAAGCAUGGUGAAGGCUGCACAAAUGUAAUAAUUGGUUAUGACAUUUAAAUGUAGUUAAAGUAGGAGUUUGGUGGUCACUUUAUGAAGUGUUAGAGUUCGACCAAGAGUUUAAAGUAAUACAGAAAUGAUUGGUAUUUCAGUUGUGGUUAGGAUAUAUUGACCAAAUUAUCAGGAAAGUUUUGGAUGUAUUUUCCCUUCAAAAUGCCCCUGGACGGCCCUAGAAGCGUGUGUGCGUGUGUAAGUGUGUGUGAUGGAUAAUCUCCAGUUAGACUGUGCUGUAAUCAGAGGGAGCUUUCAGAACUUUAAUAGCUGUCAUGGUGUGUUUCUUUGUUUGGUUGUGACAAACAGCUAAAGAGGGGACUCUCUCUCUUGCUCUCCCCCCCUCCCUCCCUAUCUGCCUCUCCCUCUCUUCCCCUUUCUCUUUCCUUCUCCCUUCCUCCACACCACUCUCUCCUUCUCUGUCUCCCUCUAUCACUCCACCUCUCUCUGUUUCACUCCCUCUCUCUCUGCCAGCUCAGGCACUUUGUACUGUGUAUGAAAGCGUGUUGUCAGUCAGAGCACAGCGAUCUGUUCCACAGCUCUUCCAGGGACCAUUACAAUAUGGUGAUUAGGAACAACACAAACAACAACAACUAUCUAUUCACAACCACACAAUCCCCAUGUGGCAGAUAAUGGCCCAGUAGAGUGAUUUCCAUUCAUCUCUCUCUUCCGACUUGAUGCAAUUCUAUUGUGCAAAACACCUAACACAAAUUAGGUUCUGAGGAUCGAUAGGAGGGUAGCAUAUACAUAUACAAGGAUCAAUGACACUUCUGAAUUGAGCCUCUGUGAUUUGAGCCUCUCAAUUUUAAAAACGACUAAUUGUGUGCACAAUAAUAGAAAUGAUGGACACAAUUUAUGCAACUUCAAAACAUGUUUCCUAUAAUAUCAUCUUAGUCAUGCAGUAUUUAUAGGCAGUAUGGAAGACCUGAUGUCAGUAGAUGUGUGUUUGGGAGAUGUGUAUUAUUGCUCUGUCUCUCUAAGACCAGGAUUCAGUCUUAUCACACUGUUGACAAUUCAGCUUUUAAAGGCAAUGUUCCUACAUUUGCUGAUAUUGCAUUCAUGGUAAACGUUGCAGAUGUCGGCGCAUUCGGAUAUAUAUAGGGAAUAGCCACUAUAUAGGGAAUAGCCACUAUAUAGGGAAUAGCCACUAUAUAGGGAAUAGCAACUAUAUAUGGAAUAGCAACUAUAUAGGGAAUAGCAACUAUAUAGGGAAUAGCCACUGUAUAGGGAAUAGCCACUAUAUAGGGAAUAGCUAUAUAGGGAAUAGCCACUAUAUAGGGAAUAGCCACUAUAUAGGGAAUAUCCACUAUAGGGAAUAGCUACUGUAUAGGGAAUAACCACUGUAUAGGGAAUAGCCACUACAUAGGAAUUAGCGUGCCAUUUUGGAUUUAUCGUAACCCUCUGGUGGACACCUGUUAGGUGCUACAGUCAGAGAAUGGGUAGAGGGGUAGAGGGAUUGUAGUGGAAGAAAAAAGCUUUUAUUAUGCAUUCCCUGUUAGCCGGGCCAGAGAGUGUUCUUUUUCUUCUUCAAUGCCCUGCAGUUGCCUUUACACGUCAGUGUCACCUAUUUACGACAGCCAUAUUUAAUUGUGCUUCCGUCUUUGUGAAUAUAUAUAUAUUUAUUAAUCAUUUCUAUUACUGGUACAUGCAAUUUCAAGUGCAGAGUUUCAAUCAACCAUAUGAAGAGCUUGCUUUGUUUUCUGCUAUGGCUUUUUAUUUUGUUACCUUUACUUUUUUCCCCUGUUACCUUUAGGGUGAACGCUAUGUUCGUGUUGCGCUGGACGUAGUUGCUUUUUGAUGGAGCUUUUAAGGGUUUGUCUUAACCCACAGACUGACCGGUGACUAACUUCUCCUAACUGAAGGGCUGUUGGGAUCGGAACAAAGACGGCACCUGUUGUGAACCAGCUGUCUGCCAUGUUCAAGUCCCCUCUGAUGAGAUGGCACUUUAUAUGUUGACGGUGAUGCUAAAGGGAAACACCGUUUUUUUGUAAGUCUGUCUGGAGCACUGCACUCGCAAGAAUCUUUAUCCGUGUCUAAGGUGUAUUCACCUUUGUAAUGUAUGUGUGUGUAUGUACAGGUAUGUGUGUGUGUCAGAAGUGCAAUGUUGUUGUCAUUAGAUUACUUCAGUGUUGUGUUCUGAUUCUAAAUGCACUCCGGUGCUCUUUCUUUCUGUCUAUUAUUCCAGGUACAUUACAUUGUCUUGGGAGUUGAGCUGGAUGAUAUUGACACUUUUAUAAUUCCUUCAACCAGGGGUAAAGAGGGAAUCGUCUUCAACAGCUGAAACAAGCCUGUGAGUGAGAGUGUACAUAAUGUUAAGAUUAGGACAGUGUCAUGGUUUUAGCAUCGCUGCUAUGUAUCAUAUGGGAUUGUCCAGUCUCUGUGUUAAAGGUCCUGUUUCCUGUGUUGAUAGAUGUCUGCACUGUUUCGCAUUUCUCUGAAGCCCUGUUUAUACCUGGUGCUAAUCUGCGUUGUGUCCUGAUCUCUUCCACAUUAUUAUUGUGUCCACAUUUUUAGUCAGGUGUAGGCAUUUUAAAGAUGUAUUGUGAAAUUAUUUUCAUCAGAACUUAUAGCGGACAAGAUCAGGAUGAAGGAUGCAUGUUAGAAGCAGGUAUGAAUGGGGCUUGAAUGUCAAGGUUUGUAAAGUCCCACAAACAAAAAAAGCAUGGCACACCUGUACUGAAUGCAGCU